UUGUAGUAGAAAAAUUAAAGGUCUUUGUGCAUACAAACUAGCAUGUCUGAUCUCAAAAAAAUCAUUGGCCUUUCUUCGGUGCUUGCCAUUGGCUUCAUGCUUGUGAUUUUGUCUGGUGCUCUCUACAGAAAUUGGUAUCCUUUGCUCAUUGUUAUUCCCUUUUUGCUGGCACCUCUACCUCAAUUUCUCACCGAACGGUAUUCUUCCAGUCAUGACUUUUUACAAGAAGAGGAUCGCAAUCUCUUAGACUUUGGCCGAUUUGUUUUUGGUGCUACCAUAAGUACUGGCUUUGCUCUCCCCAUUGUUUUUGUGAAUGUUAGCUUAACGAAUACACCGGCUGCGAUCAUGAGCUGUGUUGGUGGCUUCAUUAUCUUUAUGGUAAUUACCAUUUAUUCUCAAGCCUUUACCAUUCAUGAAGAAGAAUUCUAAGACUUGCUUACUUCUCCUUUCACGCAUCAUUUCGAAAUAGACAAGCUUGUUUCUGCAAUAUCGACCAACUAAAGGGAGGAUUCGCAACUGUUCCAUCUUUUUCAAAAGGGAAAGAAAUCUUUUGCCAAGAGGAAAUAUAUUCUUAUCUUCUUCUCUAAAAUCCAAUGUCUUUGUUAUAUUUCUGUUCAUCAGAUACUUUCGCUCAUCCCGAGAUUAUUUGCUAACUUAUGCAAACGCCUAAUGAUUAUUGUUUUCUUUUCCUUUUAUUUUUUUACAAUCUAUGCUUAAUGAAUGUUUUAUUUCAAGGUUGCUAAUAUUAUAUUUCUUGUUAAUAAAUGGAAUCGCGCUGCUUCUUUAUGCCAAUACACAAAAUCCACUUGUGUUAGACUAAUCUUUUAUCCAUUAUUUAUAUAACUGAUCUUCUCAUUCCUUGUAACAAAUGCAGCUUAUGAGAAAACC